AUGAUUAGUUUGAGGCCUCAUUUGAGAUCUUUACAAUCUCAUGUGAGCAGUGGUCAGAUUCCAACUCGUGAGUAUCUGGAAUCUUUUGAGCCGAAAAGUCUUCGCCGUUUAAAAGUUUUUGAUCAAACUCCCCCUGAAGAUAUUCGUAAGACAUUUUUUGAAAAAUUAACAUCUCAUUAUUCCAAUCCUCGCUCUAUUUUAAGGUUAUAUCGCAAAUAUAUAUCAGUUGAUGAUUAUCCGUGUUAUUCUUGGCUAGUACGUUGUUUCUGUCAACUUGGGAACUCGUUUUCCUUUAAUUCUUUCUGGUCGCCCAGAGAUAGGCAGGCUUUAGUUAGUCUUCCCUUGUUUAGGUAUUUGGUUUUUGAUCUCAUUGAACGUAAACAUUAUAUACAUCCGCGUCAUGUCCCCCGGAUGAUAUUUGCUUUAUCUGCUUUGGAGUAUCGCUCCUGGCCCUUACUUACACAGCUUCUGGAGUUGGUCCAGAAACACCUUAAGGAUUGGCGAAUAUCUACCAUGGCUAUAAUGGUCGGUUGUUUGGUUAACCUAGGUUUGGAUAACAUUCCUCAGAAUUCAAACGUCUUAACUAAUGUUACAUCGCUGUUGUUAAAUGAGAUAGAGAGUCGUGAUCCCAGUGACUCAUCACCUUUUGACUGGGCUAUACUGGCAUACUCUUUAGUUCUAACUAACAGAUAUGAAUGGCCUAACCAUGAAAAUGCAUCACUUCCCAUCUUCUUGAGUCGUGCUUGUAAUGGAUUAAACUUGGAGAAUCUACCUCUGAGCGGAUGGACUCAGUAUUAUUUAUACAUUUCACUGUACUGUACUGAUGUAGAGAAGCCAAGGAACGAAAUUGAAAUAAAGGAGUCAGUUCCACCUGAAAUACAACAAUCACUCCACACAAGAUGGCUCAACGAGAUACUUAUACACUCACAACCUCAGGGGUCUGAGAUGUUACAAAAAGAUGUUGACACUGUUCUAGAGGGGCUGGGAAACACUGAAGGUCUGAUAAAUUGUUCAGUUGGAAGAGGUGAUGACGAACAACACUGUCUAUUCACGGGACAUUUAUUUCCAAAUAGGAAGCUGUGCUUUGAAUACAAUUACCUUAUGCCAAUGCCGGACGGUACUCCGGUUGAAAGCGGACUUGUGAGUUUUAGAAGAAGACUUUUCAACAAAUUUGGGUACAACACAGCAGUCAUCCAUAGGCACCAGUGGGAAAACCUAACAAUUUUGGAAAAGGAGGAGCAACUUCUUCAGAUUUUAUCAAGGUUUCCAAUCAUUGAGUCAAGCCUGUAUGAAAGCAAGCCCGAACCAAAGACUUUUGAGGGGUCUAAUUACAAAUAUUUGAAGCAUCUAAGGCCCAAAAUUACCACCUGGCCACCCGAUAAGAUCACUCUAUAA